GAGACCUGCCGCUGAUGCUACUAAGCGUUCGGUAUAGGCACGCUUCAAUAACCUCUUCUCCUGCAUCUCUCUCACUACAACAGCUGACCGUCUGGAGCCGGAGCCGCUUGGAAUACGCUUAACAUUUAAAUUAUAACGGACUGCAUGGACAUACUAUUAUACAAAUGUUGGCCUAUUCAAGUAUAUUUAUUUGUUCGUGUGCUAUUUGAAGCCAGCAAACUCUCCGAGAUGUACAUAACCAUUUUGUUUUAAAUCGAAAUUGGCCUUAAGCAAAAAGCAGAAAAUUCUAAUUCCUGCCAACUCUCAGUUUGUCCAUUGCAAAAAAAAGAGCUUGUCGACAUCAAUAGGGUUUAUUUUAGAUUAAAUAGUCUAAGGCAAAAAGUAACUUGGUUUCAAAAAUAUAUAUUUUGCUUUUCGGAGGCACAUCAGAUUCCUUUCUCACAAUGGCCGAUGCUAGCGCAGAAUGUAACAUCAAGGUGCUAUGUCGCUUCCGUCCUCUGAAUCAGUCCGAAAUUAUCCGUGGAGACAAAUUCAUCCCCUUGUUCCAAGGAGAUGACACCGUCAGUAUCGCGGGGAAGUCCUAUGUGUUUGACCGGGUGUUCCCCACCAACACAACACAGGAACAGGUGUACAACACCUGCGCCAAACAGAUAGUCAAAGAUGUACUCGGGGGAUACAAUGGCACCAUCUUCGCCUAUGGACAGACCUCCUCUGGAAAAACACACACCAUGGAGGGCAAGCUGCAUGACCCUCAUGGGAUGGGAAUCAUCCCUAGAAUUGCAGAGGACAUCUUCAAUCACAUAUUCGCAAUGGAUGAAAACCUUGAGUUCCACAUCAAGGUGUCCUAUUUUGAAAUAUACAUGGACAAAAUCAGAGAUCUUCUGGAUGUGACUAAAACCAAUCUGGCAGUGCAUGAGGACAAGAACAGGGUUCCAUAUGUGAAGGGCUGUACUGAGCGCUUUGUCUCCAGCCCAGAGGAGGUGAUGGAUGUUAUUGAUGAAGGAAAAGCCAACCGCCAUGUUGCUGUCACCAAUAUGAAUGAGCACAGCUCCAGGAGUCACAGUAUCUUCCUGAUCAACAUCAAGCAGGAGCACGUGGAGACAGAACAAAAACUGUGUGGGAAGCUCUACCUGGUGGACCUGGCAGGGAGUGAGAAGGUCAGUAAGACAGGAGCAGAGGGAGCUGUGCUGGAUGAAGCUAAGAACAUCAACAAGUCUCUAUCUUCUCUAGGAAACGUCAUCUCUGCUCUGGCCGAGGGAACCAAGACCCAUGUGCCAUACCGUGACAGUAAGAUGACCCGUAUCCUGCAGGACUCUCUAGGGGGGAACUGCAGGACCACCAUGUUCAUCUGCUGCUCUCCAUCCAGCUACAACGACCAGGAGACCAAGUCCACACUCAUGUUUGGACAACGAGCUAAGACGAUCAGGAACACAGCGUCAGUGAAUCUGGAGCUGACGGCAGAACAGUGGAAGAAGAAGUAUGAGAAGGAGAAGGAGAAGAACAGGAUGAUGAAUGAGACGGUACAGAGGCUGGAGUCUGAGCUUAACAGGUGGAUGAAUGAUGAGGAGGACUCAGAGCUGGAUCAGUUGUGUCCUGGUGCUGUGCCUCUUGAGUGUCUGAUACCCAGAGAAGACAGUCUGGGUCGGCUCCCCAGAGAAGAGAGCUCCUCCUCCGGUCUGAGUCGGCUGCCUAGAGAAGACAGUUCCUCCUCUAUAGUGAUCAGGAUUUCAGAGGAGGAAAGACAGAAGUAUGAGGAGGAGAUACGCAAGCUCUACAAGCAGCUGGACGACAAGGAUGAUGAGAUCAACCAGCAGAGUCAGCUGGCGGAGAAGCUGAAGGAGCAGAUGCUGGACCAGGAAGAGCUCCUGGUCUCCUCCCGUGGGGACAGUGAGAAGGUGUCAUCAGAACUGGGCAGACUACAGAUGGAGAGUGACAUUGCCAAGGCGGAGGUGAAGGAGGUUCUACAGGCCUUAGAGGAGCUUGCUGUUAACUACGACGAGAAGUGCCAGGAGGUGGAGGAUAAGAGUCUACAGAACAAACUACUGGCUGAGGAACUGGCCAAGAAAAUGGCCCACCUGAUGCGAAUUGAGGCGGAGCUGUCUCGUCUACAGGAAGUGAGCAGUCAUCAGAGGAAACGCAUCGCUGAGGUUCUCAACGGCCUAAUGAGGGACCUCUCUGAGUUUAGUGCCAUUGUAGGCAACAAAGACAUCAAACUGCCGAUGGAAAUAACAGGUGCGAUCGAGGAGGAGUUUACGGUGGCACGUCUCUACAUCAGUAAGAUCAAGUCGGAGGUCAAGUCCAUGGUGAAACGCUGUCGUCAGCUGGAGAACCUUCAGAUGGAGUGUCAUAGGAAGAUGGAGGAGACGGGAAGAGAGCUGUCCUCCUGCCAACUCCUCAUCUCACAGCAUGAGGCGAAGAUCCACUCCCUGACAGAGUACAUGCAGAACAUAGAGCUGAAGAAUAGACAGCUGGAGGAUAACUAUGACUCUCUGAGUGAAGAGCUGGCCAAACUCCAUGCCCAAGAGAGCAUGUCAGAGGUGACAAAGGGAGAGAACCAGGCGGACAUUGAAGAGUCUGCUGAUGUUAAGAGGGCUCUGGUGCAGCAGAUGGAGUCUCCCCGUGAGACGCACCACAAGCAACUGGGACGUCUCCGAGACGACAUCAACGAGAAACAGAAGAUCAUUGACGACCUCACUGAUCGCAACCAUCGUCUUCAUCUGGAGUUGGAGCGGCUGAGGAGCGACUUUGACCGUCUUAGGAGUCAGGAGCACCACAAGACACUGCAACUGGAGGAGCUGACAUUUAUUCAUGAGCGCCACGAGCAGUCAAAGCAGGACCUUAAAGGACUGGAAGAGACUGUGGCCCGUGAACUCCAGACCCUGCACAACCUGCGGAAGCUUUUUGUUCAAGACCUCACAACUCGAGUCAAAAGGGUACGUGAGUAAAGGACGAAGAGAGGGAGUAAAGGAGGGAGAGGAAGACUCCAAGCAGAGAUCUUACCGCUCAGAUUUUUUUUAAAACAUGACUUAAAAAACAUCAGCUUAUGUUAUGCAAUAUUAACCAGUUAAAAACAGUUAUGUAGCAAUGAGGUUUGUGCAGUAGGCCCAAUACAUUAUCUCUGUAUAUUGGCUAAGCUUGAAUUGCCCUGUCAAUGUUGUUCUUCACAGACCAUUUUUUUAUUAUAUCAUUUUUUUUAGGUGUAUGAUCACACUGUAUAAUUUGUUGUAUUACACUGAACAAAAUAUUCUGUAAGUGCAACAUGCAACAAUUUCAAAGAUUUUACUGAGUUACCGUUCAUAUAAGAAAAUAUGUCAAUUGACAUUAAUUCAUUAGGCCGUAAUCAAUGGAUUUCACAUGACUGGGAAUACAGAUAAACAUAUGUUUGUCACAGUGCGUAUGCACUCCUCUUCAAUGUCUUUGCAAAGUUGCUCGAUAUUCGUGGAAACUGGCACAUUUUCAGCUUCCAGGGAUUGUGUACAGUCCCUUGCGACAUGGGGCGGUGCAUUAUUAUUCUGAAACACGAGGUGAUGGC